AUGCAGAAAAUUUUGAUAGAAAUAGAAAAAUUGACUACAGAGUUGGAAGGCUUGAAAAGUCAAUCUUCAAAAAUUGAAGACGAGAUUAAAAUGUUGCACGAACAAAUUUUGCAAGCCGGUGGAGAUAAGCUUCGGAGUCAGAAAUACCAAGUUGAUUCAAUAAAGGAAAAGAUAGGAAUGAUUAAUGACAGAAUAACCGCCUCACAAGUCGCCAAAUCUAAGGCCGAGAAAGAUGUAUUAAAACUUGAAAAUUCGAUUGCCAAGAAUGAAAACGAAACGGAACAAUUGAAACAAGAGUUAGAGCAACUCGAAGUUGAUAUUAGACAAAAGGCCGAAAUUGCGCGUUCGAUCAGUGAUCGAUCUAAUGAAGCGAGAAGGGUCUUGGAUGAUAAAAAGGAGGAAUUAGAUGAAAUUAAAACAGAACUUGAUGAGAAAACAGAGAUAAUCAAUCAAAUUAGGGCUGUUGAACCGAGGCCCGAAUUUCAAACAUAUACAGAUGAUGAGCUUUUAGCAAUGGAUAAAGAAACUUUAAAGAACGAAAUAGAGUCGCUCAAUGAUGCUAAUCCUAACCUCAAUGUUUUGUUGGAAUACCGUCGAUGUGAGGAGGAGUAUACAUCACGUGUAAAAGAUCUUGAAGAAGUAACGUCAAUUCGUGAUGAAUGCAAAAGGCAGUAUGAUGAAUUGCGUAAAUUGCGGUUGGAAGAAUUUAUGCAUGGGUUUAAUUUAAUUUCUCAGAAGCUCAAAGAAAUGUAUCAGUGUUGUGAUAGCCUGGACCCAUUUUCCGAAGGUAUCAUAUUCAGUGUAAUGCCUCCAAAGAAAAGUUGGAAAAAUAUUUCUAAUCUAUCUGGUGGAGAAAAG